GCGGCGCCGGGGCGGUGCGGCGGGCGGGCAGGGCGGGCGGUGGGAGAUGGCGGAGUACCUGGCCUCCAUCUUCGGCACCGAGAAGGACAAGGUGCGGAGGAUUUCCCCGACUGCUGCAUCCUGAUCCUACAGGCUUCUGCCUGCAGCCUUCCACGCGUCCGGGAACGCCUCUAGUUUCUCUGGUUGUUGGAAGCACACACACAAAACCCUCCUAACGAAAAUUUGGUCACCACCGGCCUGACCAAACCGGCGUGUUUUUCCACUCGUAAAAAUGAAAAGGGGGCGUCGAUGUGCUGCUGGACUAAAUUACUCUUGUCAGCCCCUGGCCAUGGGGCUUCUGCUCUGCUCUGUAGUGCUGCCAUUCCGGGAAAGCAGAUCGGCAGCCUCUGUUGAGCUCUGUUACUGUAGCGUCCUUUCUCACAAAGGAGAUACAUAUGAAUGUAAUGCAGUACAGUUCCACAGUAUUAAUCAGGCACGAAAUUCCUGUGCAGCUCUUAUUUUCUGUUUAGAAAAAGCAAACGGAACCUUCCAGAAGGUGCUGAAGUUGGAAGCACUAUUGGAAAUUUUAUAGUUAGGUAUUUCUUUUUAUUUCAGGUUAGAGUUCAGAAAAGACAAGUCAACUGUUCAUUUUAUUUCAAAAUUGGAGCUUGUCGCCAUGGAGACAGAUGUUCUCGAUUGCACAACAAACCAACAUUUAGCCAGGAAGCGAUGCUGUUGUAAGCUUGCCUGUAGUAGAGACCAACCAGUGCUAACUUUCAGACCAUCUUGAUUCAAAACAUCUAUCGUAACCCCCAAAACAGUGCACAGACGGCUGACGGCUCACACUGUGCUGUGAGCGAUGUUGAGAUGCAGGAACAUUAUGAUGAGUUCUUUGAGGAGGUCUUCACAGAAAUGGAGGAGAAAUACGGUGAAGUUGAGGAGAUGAACGUGUGUGAUAACCUUGGAGAUCAUCUAGUUGGAAAUGUAUACGUAAAGUUUCGCCGUGAAGAAGAUGCAGAAAAGGCUGUGAUUGACCUGAACAAUCGCUGGUUCAAUGGGCAGCCCAUCCAUGCCGAGCUUUCGCCUGUGACUGACUUCAGAGAGGCCUGUUGCCGUCAAUACGAAAUGGGAGAGUGUACACGAGGAGGUUUCUGCAACUUCAUGCAUUUGAAGCCCAUCUCUCGAGAGUUAAGACGUGAGUUGUACGGGCGUCGUCGUAAAAAGCAUCGAUCCAGGUCGAGGUCCCGUGAACGCCGGUCUAGAUCCAGAGAUCGCGGCCGUGGCGGCGGAGGCGGCGGCGGAGGAGGCCGCGAGCGCGACAGGAGGCGGUCAAGGGAUCGUGAAAGAUCCGGUCGAUUCUGAGCCAUGCCAUUUUUACCGUAUGUCUGCUAGAAAGUGUUGUAGUUUGACCAAACAAGUUCAUAAUGACAUUUUUUUUAAAAGAUGGGCUUCUGAAUAAAAAAUUUGUAGUGAUACAGUAUUCUUUGUGUAACUUGUUUCUUGUUGGGGGGAGUCUUUUUAACUGUCAUUCCUCUAUCUUGACAAAUACCUGGGUUAACUCUGCCUGAGGAAAAGGUGGUAAAUGUGUUGGAGGAGCGCCGGUUUUGGUUUGGAUUUUUUUUUUUUUUUGAUUAUUCGGGUAUAAUUUGAACUGUUGAUGAAAAUGUAUGUGUAUAUAAUAUAAAAUAUAUUAUAUACAUAGUAAAAAUAAUAUACUGCUUAAGAAACAGUUACUCACAAAGUUUCCCUUUUCUGCUAUGCUGUCUGCUUAUUUAGGUUAGUUUAGGCACAUUUAAGAGGAAGGCUGUGCGAAACGCAUUUAUUUACUGAGUAGAAACGCUUAGUUACAAAAAAUGUAUGUUUGUUUGUUACCAAAAGUCUGUGCUCUGUCUAUCAAUGUGACUGUGGCAUUUACAAUAAAUCCAGUUUUUGUUGGUGUAAAAUCUAAAGCCUAUUUUCUAAGCACUCCGGAGUAGUUGAGUUGCUACUCCUGGCUGCCUAUUUUCUAAGCACUCUGGAGUAGCUGAGUGGCUGCUCCCAGCUGUGCCAGAGUUCAUAGUUCAGGUUUUUAUAAUUCUUGACUAAAUUUCUUGUCUUUGGCUGGAAAGUUGCCUAGCAUAGUGUGGAAAAAAAAAGUAAUAUUUUUAUUGCAAUUAUUCAUAAUAGGCAGGUGAGAGUUUAGUGCAAAAAAAACCACCAAAAUUCUGCUCCAUGCAGCAUGAUACAGAAGUGCUAUUGAAGGAAAUGCAAGGUCCUAAAUACAAGGAUUGAAUUUCUUAACUGAUUGAUUUUUUUUUUCUAAUCUGUGCUCUCUUACCUUCAUUUAUUGAAAAGCAUUUUGUUAAUGUUCAAGGUAAUAGGAAACUAACUGGAUGCUAGUGGAAAAUAAAUCUUUUCUUCCACCUUUACUUGCUUUCUGAUAGUCUGGAGUGUGAUAGAAGCUAAUGGACAGAUGUCAGUUUAUUCACAAAUUUGUAUUUCUUUUUCUGAGCUUGAAUUGCACAAUCACUGAACAUCACAGGUUGUGUCUCAAAGCGUUAAAGCUCCAGUGGAAGUGUUUGAACAUCUUGAGAGGCAGUUUGUACAGUGGCUGAGUUGCAGUUUCACCUCGUUCAUGUUAUUCAAAGUGUAACAUAGCAAGUUGUUCUGGUCAGCGAUCAUAUUUCUGCAAGAUAUAACUUUAUGUGCACAAAGCUGUGUGAUACAACACAGUUUUCCAGUGGGGGAAAGAAUUUAUUAGAGUUUUAUUAGUUCUGAGCCAGAUAACUUGCUAAAUGAUGAAUCUGCAACUUGAUGGUUAUUAAAUAAAAAAAAAGGAAAUAGAAGGGAUAUGGAUUCAUCACAUAGAGGCAAAGAGAAGCUGGUUUGUUAAUCUAAGUGUAAAACCAUUUUGCUCACUGGAACUUGGAAAACAAAAUAACAUUGAAAAAUGAGCUUUUCUAAAUGAAUCUGCUUUGCUUCUUACAACUCAAUUCUUCCCCAGGUUCAGUUUGAAUUUAUUUUGUUUCCACUGGAUGGUUUGGCCAAUGACACUGUGGAACUUAAGUUUGCCAGGACCCUUUCUGGAGAAAUACCACUCAAGCAGUUGAAGCUUGACAUCUCCACAUGAUAUUCUGUUAAACCUGUAAAGGAAAUGAUGCUUUCUUUUUACUGUAAGAAAUUGAACAGUGCCUGGCAUUAAAUGGCUGAACUGAAACGUAUUUCUCCUAGGCAUUAGGAAUUUCACAUUGAUAAUUUAGUUCUUGCAGUUUACAGAAUACUAAUCCUGUUCCAUUUUUUUUUCUGCUGUAAGAUUCAGCAUUAUUAGUGAGCUAAUUUAAAUCUUAAACUCCAAAAGGUGAGAAUAGUCUUUCUGUUUUUUUUUUCUUCAAACAGUAUCUAACACAAUGUAGAUACCGUUUAAAAGGUUUAAGAUAAUUUUUACACAGAUUAAUGACACAAACUGAUUUGCCCUAUAUAAACAAGUUAGUUUAAAACAAUACAAAUGUGUUCCUGUAAUGGCUUUAAUCUGUUUAUCUAAAUCCUGUUAGUCUGCAGGUAUAUUUUUGCAUGAACAGAUAGUGGAAGUUUGAUUUCUCUCUCUUCCCCAAUACAAUUUUACUUAAGCACUCUUGAAUUCCACCAAAUGUGGAAUUGUAAGGUCUGAUUGCAUGGCUGCCCAAAAAUUAACAAUGUAACUGGAAUACAUCAGGAUGGGCACUGAAAGCUGUGGAUUUUACUGGAUAUUCUAAUGGGUGCCUAGUGACAGCAUUCAGCAUAUAAACUAAACUCAUGACAUAUCUUGUUAGGUUCACAUUUUAAGACUGUACUACCAGCAAAGUUCAUCAAAUUUGAAAUUUAAACUGCUCCAAUUUGGUUAAACAUUUAUAUGUGAUAGUCCUACAAGUGGAAAUUCUACCUCCCCCUUCUCUUGUUGCUCACAAUGUCUUUUAAGAUUUAUUUUUUCCCCUCCUCUCCAAGGUACCUACUUUCCAAAUAUUUCAUUGUUGACUCUUCUGUUGAACAGUGGAUCUUAAUUUAUGGAAUUCCUUUACCUCAAAUAAGGGACAGCAUACAGGAUUUUCUGAAGUCUGAGUCAAUUAGGUUGAAACUGUUCAUCCCAAGUGGCUUCCUCUUCUUUGUAUUUGGCUCUUAUUCUGUGAAAAUGCUGCUUGUCCAUGAAUAUGAUGUAUGUUGAGACUGUAAAACCAAAUGGAGAAAACUUGUUCAAAAUAAAGCCUUUUUUUUUAUAAAA